AAAAAACUCUUUGAAUUCGUUACAAAAAUGUACUAUUUUGAGUUACAGAAUAUUUUCUGGCUUUUUGGAUUUAAUUUUCGAAUCAAAAAACGAUUCGAAAAUCAAGGCUUCAUUCGAUUUUCAUGGCUAAUUUUUUGUUUAUGUAAUUGGGUUCACUUCGUGAACGGCUACGAAUAUCAAAAAAAAUUGGACGAUUGGAAUUGUGAUCCAAAAAAUAUUAUUGGAGCAGUAACAUCCUUGGAUCCAAAUAGUAAUUUAGGAUCGGGAAGAAAAGAUGAGGAUAGUGAUAUUGUUAAUAUCAAAUCGUAUAUUUUUUGGCUAACAUGGUUUGGUUGGUUUAUGGGUGCCGUACUUUGUUUAGGUCUUUUAAAAGGUAUUUUAGGAUUAUUAAUUCCACGUAUUGGCAUCUGGGGAAUGGAUAAAAUUACUCCACAUCCACAUGUGUUAUGCGAAUAUCGAGAGAAAAGUUUGAAUGGUCGAUGUGUAAUGCAUGACGAUAGCGGCUGGCCUAUACAUCCUGAUACGUUCGAGAAAACUGUUCGAGUUUUAUCACUGCCAGUUGAAUUCUUGAUGAAUAUCAUUUUCUUCAUAGCAUUUCCAUUAAUACAUGUAGCAAAAGUUUUCUGGUUAAUCGGACACUGUUGUAAAAAACAAGAACCACAAGACUGUUAUUGUGAAUGGGUUAAUACCAAUUGUUGUGACUGUAACGCUGAAACAAGACAUCUUCUACGUCGAAAAAAAUCAAAAAUCAGUAAUAAUUUCGAAACUAAUUUAGCUUCGAAAUCAAAAAAUGGUGUAAGAAAGGGUAGAACGCAGGAUAAUGAUGUAACCGCUGAAAGUGAUGAACCAACAUCCUACGAUGAGACGCACAACGAUCAAGAAAAUGAGGAUACGAAAUAUGUUUUAAAUGAAUUAAGCAAAAGCAAAUUGACGUUAAAUAAUCAUCCGAGCAACAAGUUUUCAAUUUUAAAUGAACGCUGUGAUCAACAUUGUCCAAAUUCUGGUCAACGAUAA